AUGCCAUAUGUACCUAGCGUAUUCAAAGAUCAACUCGAAAUGAUACUAAUUGUUGAUUCGAUGGAUCCAAAAUGCAUUUAUUCGUCAAAUGUUUCGUUGAAUUACAGAAUUUUUUUGACUCCAGGCAUAAUUCGCCCAAAGAAUGGAACCGUGUUCUCAACAAAAGACUCUGAUUUGAAUAUUGAAUACGCUCUACAGCUAGAAAGAAUAUUUUACGAUGGAUAUUCUACAUCUACAGCUGCAACCAUUCUUUCUCCGGAAAGCAAGGCCAUUUUAACAAGAAAAUGGAUCAGAAACGUUGGAAAUAAGUACAUUUCUAACAUUAUCCCUUCAACAAAGAAAUUUUAUUUGCAAAUUUCUCCUGCAUCUACUGAUCGACUGGAAAACUUCGAUCCUAUGACAAUAGAACUAUUUAUAGUUGAACAAGAUGGAAAUUAUAGACCAAUUGUGUUAAAUUCAUUCAGCAAAUCAGUUAUCUCUGUUAUUAUUGUAUUAUAUGUACUAGCAAUAUGCUGCUUAGUAUAUCGAUAUAUUGCUUUGUUUUGUUUAUCAGAGCAUUCAUUAAAUUGUUAUUUUGAUUGA